AUUGCCGAACUAGCGCGGGGGUUAAUUGUUGAUCUAUUUUUUCCAACACAAUUUAACAUUCGUCUCCUUUUCUCCAAGGGAAAGGUAGGGAGGGCCAACAGCCGCCAUCUUUUAGGGAGAAGGGGGGGAGGGGAAAAGCGACAAUUGUAAAUAAACUCCCGGGGGGGAGGGACGGUGGCCGAAACGCGGCAAAAUACUUUUGUGAGGCCUGGAGGGCGACGACCGUUAGGCGCGUGCCUAGGAUUUUCCCCGCCCCUCCCAUCGCUGCGCGCGCGCCCCAGCUCCUCGUUCAGCCAAGGCAGCGACAUUAUGCGCGUGCGCGCGGAAUAACGGCCGCUGGCGGAGAGGGGAGGGGGGGACUCGGUAGAGGGAGGGGGGAGCCGCCCCAUCCCCCGCGUGCCCACCACCUGCACCAUCCUAGGCCAAUCAGCUCCUGUCUUGAGGGUCUCGCGCUAACGGAGGCCGGGGCAGCUGGGCGCCUCCCCUCCCCCCUCCUGCCCGUGUCCCUCUCUCUUCCCCCUCCCCCCUGGACUCGCGCGCCCGCGCUCGCGCUUGCCCGCGACUCCGUGUGUGUGUCCUCGCGCCCCCCUCCCGCCCGCUCGCCCGCCCUCCCCGCGCGCAGUGUGUGCUCCGCUCCCCCCCCCCCCAUCCUCCUCCCAUCCCUCCCGCCCCGCGCGCCUCCCGCCCGCCCUCCUCCUCCCUCUGGUCCCCCCUCCCCCCACCUCCUCCUCCCGCCCCGGGGUGAGCGCGAGCUGCCUCCCUCCCUCCCUCCGCCAUGGAUCCAGGCAACUGGAGCAGCUUCAUCUUCCAGGGUCACGCCCAGAAUCCCCUGCAGGUUGGGGCUGAGCUUCAGUCCCGGUUCUUUGCAUCCCAGGGCUGCAACCAGAGUCCAUUCCAGGCUGCCCCAGCCCCCCCACCGACUCCUCAGGCCCCAUCUGCUGAGCCCCUCCAGGUUGACCUCCUCCCUGUCCUCGCUGCAGCCCAGGAAUCUGCUGCUGCUGUGGCGGCAGCAGCCGCGGCUGCAGCUGCAGCCGCCGCCGCCCCCCCAGCUACUGCCACAGCUUCCACAGUGGACACAGCAGCCCUGAAACAACCCCCUGCGCCACCUCCACCACCCCCUCCAACCUCUGCACCAGCUCCUGAAGCUGCACCUCCAGCUACAAUUGCUGCUGCUACUGCCACAGCUGCUGCUGCCCCAACCUCCACAGCUGUUGUUGCUCCUGUAGCUACUGCUUUGGAGAAGAAAUCAAAGAGCAAAGGGCCAUACAUCUGUGCCCUCUGUGCCAAGGAGUUUAAGAACGGCUAUAAUCUUCGACGGCAUGAAGCCAUCCACACGGGUGCCAAGGCUGGGCGGGCUGGCCCAGGUGCUAUGAGGAUGCCCACCAUGGUGCCCCUGAGCCUCCUGAGCGUGCCAGCGACACUGGGCGGAGCUGGUGGGGGUGGGGGUGAAGGGGGAGCUGGGGGUGGAGGGGCUGGAGUUGGUGGAGGCGGCGUGGUGACUACCACAGCCUCUGGGAAGCGGAUCCGGAAGAACCAUGCUUGUGAGAUGUGCGGAAAGGCCUUCCGGGAUGUCUACCACCUGAACCGGCACAAGCUGUCACACUCUGAUGAGAAGCCGUACCAGUGCCCUGUCUGUCAGCAGCGCUUCAAGCGCAAGGACCGCAUGAGCUACCAUGUGCGCUCACAUGACGGCGCUGUGCACAAGCCCUACAACUGCUCCCACUGUGGCAAGAGCUUUUCCCGGCCAGACCACCUCAACAGCCACGUCAGACAGGUGCACUCAACAGAACGGCCCUUCAAAUGUGCGACAUGUGAAGCAGCAUUUGCUACCAAGGACCGACUCCGAGCACAUACGGUGCGGCAUGAAGAGAAGGUGCCAUGCCAUGUAUGUGGCAAGAUGCUGAGCGCAGCCUACAUCUCCGACCACAUGAAGGUGCACAGCCAGGGACCUCACCACGUCUGCGAGCUCUGCAACAAAGGUACAGGUGAGGUCUGUCCUAUGGCAGCAGCAGCAUCGGCAGCAGCGGCGGCGGCAGCAGCAGCAGCAGUUGCAGCAGCUACCCCCACAGCUGUGGGCUCCCUUUCUGGGGCAGAGGGUGUCCCCGUGAGCUCUCAGCCACUUCCCUCACAGCCCUGGUGAGCCCUGAGGUGGGGGUUGGGGUAUAGAGGAAAGGCCUCAGUCUCCUCUCUCCUCUCCCACCCCCUUCCCACCAACUCAGUUCCUUCCCUCACCAACCAAGGAGCCACCAGAAGGAAGGAGUGAAGAAAUGUUUUCUUAGGGGAAUUCGCUAGAUUUUAAACAUUUGUUUCUCUUCUCUCUCCCCUCCCUAUAUGAACCCCAUUGUUCCUCUGGUGAUUUGGGGGCCCCCUAGACUGAUUUCAGGGGUGACAGAGGACAUACCAGCUGUCUCAUUGCCCUCUCUUCUCCAUAGCCCUUCCCAUGUUCCCCUAGGGAUUCAAGAACGUUUCUUCCCUAAAGGUCCUCUUCCUUCCCACCUUUCCAAUCCCCUAUUUACCUACUGUCUGCUGCCCAUCCCUGGGGAGUUGGUGCUGUUUAAAUGGGGGGGGGAGGGGAGGGCAGGGAUUUAAGAGUGUGGAGGAAAAGAGAAGGAAAAUGAAAGAUUCUGUCCUGGGUGUGGGGAGAAGAGAGAUUUGAAAAGAAAGAGGUUAAGGUGAGGAACAAACAGUAAAGGACUUAGUCACAAGUGGGGGUUUGUUUGGGGUCCUUGGCCCUAAUCUUCUUCCUCUAGAAUGUAACAUAAUGAAGACUGGGCGAUUAAGGGGAUAAAACAUUUUGGGGAGAAGGCAGAGUAAGAGGCAGGACCUUGGGGAGGGGAGUAGGGUAAGUAAAGGACAGAAUGAGAGGAUAGUUUUUUGGGGGGUGCCAGAAAAUAAAGGUGCUUCCCAGGGGGGGAAUGCAGCAGCAGUAUUUCCCCAUUCCCUCUCAUCUCAACUGUAGUUCUGUCCUUUUUUUUUUUUUUUUUUUUUUUAUCCCUUUUUCCCCCUCCUCUCCCCAACAGAAAUUGUGGCCCUAGCCAUGACAUCGUGUUCCUGUGUCCCCUGCAUGUUCCCCACCCUUCACCCCCUCCUUUGCGGACCCCAUUACAAUAAAUUUUAAACAAAAACAAAAA